AUGUUGAGAAGUGGUAAUUGUUCUAUUUCUUUGGUUAGAAGGGUUGGUGUUAGACGUUUAACUUUAUCUACUACGUUAUAUGAACAUAAGCACAAUGUUUAUCCUGCUCAGAAGUUGCGUAUGGAUGAUUUGAAUAAAAAUGUAUUGAAGGCUAAAUAUGCUGUGAGAGGUUCAAUUCCUUUGAGAGCUGAGGAAUUAAAGCUUUAUUUAGAGGCUGGUCAAAAAUUACCUUUUGAUACUGUGAUCAAUGCUAAUAUUGGUAAUCCUCAACAGUUGAAACAAAAACCAUUGACUUUUUACAGACAGGUUUUGUCUAUUUUACAAUACCCAGAAUUAUUAGAAUCCGGUUCAAAUAUUUUCAAGAAAGAUGCAAUUGAACGUGCAAGAAAGUUAUUAAAGGAAAUUGGUUCUGUUGGCUCGUAUUCUUCUUCUCAAGGUAUCCCAGCUAUCAGAAAAACCGUUGCUAAUUUUAUUACAAAGAGAGAUGAUGGUGAAAUUUCUACUCCUAAUGACAUUUUUUUGACCGCUGGUGCUUCUUCUGCUGUUGAUUAUCUAUUAUCAAUUCUAUGUAAAAAUGAAAAAAGUGGUGUAUUAAUCCCAAUCCCACAAUACCCACUUUAUACUGCAACAUUAGCUUUGAACAAUGCUCAUGCUCUUCCAUAUUAUUUAGAUGAAUCAAAAGGUUGGUCUACGGACAUUAAUGAAAUCGAAGAAGUCAUUAAUGAUUCUCUUGACAAGGGCAUUAAACCAACUGCAUUGGUUAUCAUCAACCCAGGUAACCCUACUGGUUCAAUCUUAUCUGUUGAAUCAAUGGAAAAAAUCAUUGAAGUUGCUGCCACUCAUGGUAUAGUUAUUAUUGCCGAUGAAGUCUAUCAAGAAAACGUCUUCAACAAUGCUAAGUUCCAUUCUAUGAAGAAGGUUCUAAGAAAUUUACAAAAAGCAUUUCCUGGUGAGUAUGAUACUGUUCAAUUAGCCUCUUUACAUUCUACUUCUAAAGGUGUUUCUGGUGAAUGUGGUCAAAGGGGUGGUUACAUGGAAUUGACCGGUUUCAAUCCAGAAAUUAAGCAAGUAAUUCUAAAAUUAUGUUCUAUUUCUCUAUGUCCAGUUGUUACCGGCCAAGCUUUAGUUGACUUGAUGGUUUCCCCACCUCAAAAGGGAGAUGAAUCUUACGAACAAGAUCAAUUGGAACGUUCAACUAUUUUAAAUGAUUUAUCAAACAGAGCAAUCUUAUUAUGGGAAGCAUUCAACUCAAUGGAAGGUGUUUCAUGUCAAAAACCUGAAGGUGCAAUGUACUUAUUUCCAAAAAUCGAUUUGCCAUUCAAAGUAUUACAGAAAUCUCAAGAACUUGACAUUACACCUGAUGAAUUUUACUGUAAAGCAUUACUAGAAGCAACCGGUAUCUGUACAGUUCCUGGUUCAGGAUUUGGACAACAACCGGGUACCUACCACUUAAGAACAACAUUCUUAGCCCCUGGUACUGAAUGGAUUGAUCGUUGGAACAAAUUCCAUGCUGAAUUUUACGACAAAUAUCGUGAUUAG